GGUCCCUUGUUUCUGACCUCUUCCACGAGAAAUGGCGUCGCGCGGAGUAGUUAGACGUGUUGUUCAACAGGAUUUGACGAAUGUAGAAUUCGAAACAAGUGAAGAUGUUGACGUUACGCCAACAUUCGAUUCUAUGGGUCUCAGAGAAGAUCUUUUGCGGGGAAUAUAUGCUUACGGAUUUGAGAAACCAUCAGCAGUACAACAGAGAGCUAUCAAACCCAUAGUCAAGGGACGUGAUAUCAUUGCACAAGCACAGUCCGGAACAGGAAAGACAGCGACAUUUUCCAUCGGAAUUUUGCAGUCAUUGGACUUGCAGACCAGAGAGACACAGGUGCUUGUGCUGUCCCCCACUCGAGAACUUGCAGUCCAAAUACAAAAGGUAGUCCUGGCCCUGGGUGACUACAUGAGCGUACAGUGUCACUCGUGCAUCGGUGGUACAAACAUUGGCGAAGACAUCCGCAAGCUGGACUACGGACAACACGUCGUCUCUGGCACACCGGGAAGAGUGUUCGACAUGAUACGGCGGCGAAAUCUCCGCACUCGUGCUAUCAAGAUGCUCAUUCUUGACGAAGCUGAUGAGAUGCUAAACAAGGGAUUUAAGGAGCAGAUCUACGACGUGUAUCGAUAUCUGCCGCCAGCCACACAGGUGUGUCUCAUCUCAGCCACUCUGCCUCACGAAGUCCUUGAGAUGACGUGCAAGUUCAUGACAGACCCCAUCAGAAUCCUCGUAAAACGUGAUGAGUUGACACUGGAGGGCAUCAAGCAGUUCUUUGUGGCAGUCGAGCGAGAGGAGUGGAAGUUUGACACUCUGUGUGACCUCUACGACACGCUCACCAUCACGCAGGCAGUCAUAUUCUGCAACACAAAGCGCAAGGUUGAUUGGCUGACGGAGAAGAUGAGAGAAGCUAAUUUCACAGUGUCGUCGAUGCAUGGAGACAUGCCGCAGAAGGAGCGAGACAACAUAAUGAAGGAAUUCCGAUCCGGAUCCAGCCGCGUGCUCAUCACGACUGACGUGUGGGCGCGUGGAAUCGACGUGCAGCAAGUGUCGCUCGUCAUCAACUACGAUCUCCCCAACAACCGAGAACUGUACAUCCACAGAAUCGGUCGAUCAGGUCGGUUUGGCCGUAAGGGUGUCGCCAUCAACUUUGUGAAGAACGAUGACAUCAGAAUUCUGCGAGAUAUCGAGCAGUACUAUUCCACACAGAUCGAUGAAAUGCCCAUGAACGUCGCUGAUUUGAUCUAAUGGCAAUGAAAGUGAAGACCUACAAGUGACAUCCACAAAGUUUCAAGAAGAAAUCUGGAAGAGAUGCUACAUCACGAUCACUAUUCUUUUACCAUAGUAUGGCAGCAUGUCAUGUUACAAUGGUAGCAUCGGUGGAAUUAAGUACCGUUCCGUGGAGAGAGCGGUGGGACGAGUUGUACAGUACUCUUAUAUUAUGUGUUCUUUUUGUUUCUGCCUCUUCACAUUGUGUAAACCUUGUAUAUGUAAAUUGCAGCACAGUGCUUGUGCACAACGAUGAUGAAAAAUAGCACCCGAUUAUAUUAGUCUUUAGCAAUGACAAGUAGUUAUUGGAAAUGUGGGUUAAAAAGACCUAGAUGUCAUAACUUUUAUAUCUGUGGAAUAACUUUAAAACCAUGUCCAUAUUUAUGUCCAAUUUCUAGGACGUGGUUCAAAGGUGUGUGCAUCAUGAACACUAGUGCUGUGGCCACUACCGUCAGCAGGUAUAUAAUGUUUUACUGGUUUCAAACAAACAGCUGGUAUGUCAUUAUGAAUGUAGAAUAACACACGUAUUGGCAAUUAAAUAAGGUAUAGUUAAAAAUUCAAGAAGGUAUGGUACAUUUAUGUCGUGAAAAAAAAUACAAAUGAAGCUCGGGUGUUCAAAAUAAAAGCUUUUAUUCAGUAGAAA